UCAGACGUGUGCGGCCAUGAUAGCGGCGGAUUACGUGGCCACGCGUGGGUGUCAAGCCGCGCUACUGUCGAACCAACAAACGGUGAGGAUCACGAAGACGCAAAAGUCUCGCGAAGUCACGAUUGUGGUGCUGUGCGACGCCAACGCGCAGGUGGAUUUCUCGGGGACGUUCGUGAAGUUGAAUCCGAAGAGUGGGCACGUGGGGUUUGAAUACGCACCAGCGGCGCGGAUGUUUGCGGGAUUUAUCAUCAUUUGGGUCAUCGUGUUCGCCGUCAAAGGGGCGUACUUUUGGAAGAGACGAGACGCGUUGACGUGGCUUCACGUCUUGCUGCUGGCGCCAGUCGUGACGCGUCUGGUGUGGCUCAUCGCGGCAAACAGGUUUUGGAUAAACGCCGAGAACACGGGUGCAGGAUUACCGCUGUCGAAAUCGAAUUUUGACGCUCCCACGGGCGGGGGCACGGAGGCGCUCAUGUUCAUAGGCUGUCUCUCCUUGAAUCAGUCGACGUUUUUCUGCACCUGGAUAAUCGUCUCCUACGGUUGGCUCAUCACGCGGCGUCGAAUGGAGUCAUGGGAAGUGUUCGUGACGAACACCUUUUUCUUUGGAAUGUUUGGGGUAAAUAUUUUGUGUCGAACGAUGUUUUCAUCGCUCGUUUUGAUUGGGUUUUAUCUAGCAUACCCGGGAUUGCUCGCCACGACGGUGGCGAACGCGACUAGAAAUCUUAAAUCGCUGCGGCUGCAACAUUUGAUGAUCUCGCACUCGCAAAAUCCGGGAGAUGCACACGUCGUGGAGGCAAAAGAGCUUAUAUUUAGGCGCAUGCAAGGACUGGUCUUCUGGUACGUCGCUGCGAAAAUUACCUCAUCCGUGACAGAACUCUUCCUCGAAGACGACGCGUGGGUUCGCUACCUGCUCGGUGAACUCAUAGACUUUGGCGCCGCAAUCACGUUGACGCACAUACUUCGCCCGAGAACGCAAGCGAAUCCGUUUAACACGCACUUCGUCCGCGAUUGGGAAGCCAUGUUCGAGGGUACCAUGAACUCCAUCGCCGAUCGCAUAGCAACGCUUGGUUUGAGUCCAAACGAAAUCCCGAGGCCUGAAUUUUACGUCGCCUAUGUCGGCGGUCGUCGAGAGCGCAUCGUCGACGGCGACGUCGUCAUCGAUAUCUCGGAUGACGAGUGGGAUAGUGGAGUUGGAUGUUUCCACCUGAUUCUUGUCGAGAAUCCGUGCACGCCAGAGACUGUACUUCAACAUUUGGCGAUAGCGUCGCCGGAUCGAGAGUUGACGUGACGCGUCCCCAGGUUUUUCUUCUCUCCAUCAAUCGUUGUAGCAUAGCC